AUGCCGUUCAACCUAUUGAAGGCCAAGUCCUUCCCUCUGAUUGUUUGCUUUGUACACGGUUUCGUAAACAUGUCAUCCUGGUAUUUCCUCCCCGUCUAUUUCCAGGCCGUGCGUGGCGUUUCUCCGACCCGUUCUGGCAUUCUCAUCAUGCCCAUUAUCGUGGUUCAGGCUGUAAUUGGCCUUGCAGCGGGUGCCGUCACUUACCGUUUCGGGUGGAUCCGUCCACUGAUCCUGGUCGGGAUGGCGUUGACCUCGCUCGGGUUCGGUCAUUUCAUCAACCUUGACACGUCAAAGUUUCUCGCGUUCACGCUGCUGAUCGAGGUUGUGGCUGCUCUCGAAGUGGGAACUACCUUUCAAGCUCCGCUAAUAGCGUACCAGUCGGUUGUCGGAGCUGCAGAUGUCGCUGUGGCGAUGGCACUGUUUGCUUUCAUACGGAGUCUUUCGACGUCCAUCUCGAUGGUGGUGGGUGGAAUUGUCUUCCAAAAUGGCAUGUCCCUCCAAAGCGAUCACCUGAGCCGCAUUCUAGGACUGCAUGCAGCUUCCGGCGCUAGAAUCCGCUAA